GAGAGAGAGAGAGAGAGAGAGAGAGAGAGAGAGGGGGUGGUUGGUCCACCAACGCCAAGACUAGAACUCUUUAGAUGAUAUUACGCCAUCUGUCUUUUUGCCAAUGGGGUACCAUACCAACAACCGAGCUUCAAGAGUCAAGAAGGUGUAGGUGUGCGCUAUCCUCUACACUUGCUCUGGUUUGAUUUGAUUAAGAACAAGAUGGCUUCUACCUCAGUUCCUACUUCAGAGAUUGUUGCGAAGUUGAAUCUGAAGCCCCACCCAGAAGGUGGGUUCUUCUCAGAAACUCUCAGAGAUACUUCUGUCAUUCUCUCCAGAUCUCAACUACCCUCUGAAUACAAGGUUGAUCGGCCUAUCAGUACAUCCAUUUACUUCCUACUGCCUUCUGGGAGUGUCUCACAUCUCCAUCGUAUUCCAUGUUUUGAGACCUGGCAUUUUUAUAUGGGAGAACCAGUGACGGUAGUGGAAAUUAGUGACAAAGAUGGAAGUGUCAAGUUAACUUGCCUUGGAUCAAGUAUAAUUGAAGACAACCAGCACCUGCAGUAUACAGUGCCUUCAAAUGUCUGGUUUGGUGCAUAUCCAACGAAGGACUUCAACAUUUCCACAGAUAUUGAGGUGGUAAAAAAUAUACCGAGGGAUGCUGAGAACCACUUUUCUCUAGUAGGAUGCACCUGUGCUCCCGCCUUCCAGUUUGAGGACUUUGAGCUGGCAAAACGUUCUGAUCUUGUUUCUGAAUUCCCUACUUAUGAGUCCCUCAUCUCUUUGCUGACCUAUCCAGACUGAAUACUCUGUUUACUUGUACACCUAUGUAUCCUUUUUUUCCUGGAGCUUGUAUUAAAACCUGUGGUUUUGUGUUCCUGAGGGUUUGCUUUUAGCCUUGUCAUGUUUGCAAUAAUUCCAACAAUACUGAGUUUUAAGUACUUUGAGCUGUUCCCAACUUUUAGAUAACUGAUCUUAGUGCUGCUACUGCCAGAAAACUUUCUGACAUUGAAUUUUAAUAGUUGUUAUCAUAAUGAAGUGAACAAUAUUGAGC